AUUUUAGGCGAGAACAGUACGCAAGGUGUUCGAGCAAUGCACCUGAGCAAUGUGCUCCAAAUUGUGGCCUACUGUGAAAACGUCUCAAUUUGCCGGCGGAAACUUCUCGUCGAGCAUUUCGGCGAGGAUGCCUAUAAAGUGUAUGAUGUAACAGAGGAAGCGAAGACUGUGGCUCAGAAUAUGCAGCGUAUGCGAAAUGUCACUGCCACCCGACUGGGGCAUACGCAGCUUGAAAUGUUUGGACGUGGUGUUGGAAUGCACGAGACGGAUGCGCUGAGGUUUAUCAGGAAACUUGUGAUUGAUGGAAUUAUCGUGGAGCGCCUUUACAAUACGAAAUUCGAUACAACA